CGCAGCAGAUUUGUACCCGCAGCUGAAACACUUUUGUUUGAAACUCUCGCCAUUGAAGGAGCACAGCGAGACUGGACUAUUUACAUCAAUUUAAUGCCCUUAAACUAAGCGUUUGAGUCAAACGAGGAGGAAUUGUGAAAUACGAUCUAAUUGCAGCCUUUUAUAGGGUUUGUUUUCGUGGAUCAAGGAGCCAGACAUGCCUGUACCGAGGGGGAAGAAGCCCACAGCUCCUGCUGGGAGCAGGAUACCCAAGCUUAACUCAACGACCAGCGAAAACCAGGAUGAAGGCUCCCAGGUGAAAAGGUCCUCCUCCCCUCCUAAUGGGGCCCCAAAGAAGAGGACUGCCUUUAUAGACAUCACAAAUGCCCACAAGGUUCAGAUCAGCCUUCCAGGCAGGAAAAAGGAUCCAGCGAAGAAGCAGGCCAAGAAAACAAGCUCCGCCUCCGUGUCGACAAAGAACCAAACUAACCUGAAAAAGUCUUUAUCUGUAAGCUCUGAGGGGACGCCGGAUGACAAAGCAAAGACCGACACAGACGAAGAGCGGGAAGAGGCGGUGCAGAAGGAUGCAGCAGCUCCAGUUGAAGAGCUGGCGGCUGCUGCAGCACCCUCUGCUGCCCGGGAGGUGCCAGCACACCUUCAGAAACAACAUAUCCCAGAAGAGUUUGACAUCGACUCUGAGAACUCUGAGGACUGUUUCAUGUGCCCCGAGUACGCUAAGGAAAUCUUCGACUACCUCAAACAGAGAGAGGAGAAGUUUGUCCUCUUUAACUACAUGCCGAAGCAGCCCAGCCUGAACCCAGAGAUGAGGGCCAUCCUGAUUGACUGGCUGGUUGAAGUGCAGGAGAACUUUGAGCUGUACCAUGAGACCCUGUACCUGGCUGUAAAGAUGACAGACCACUACCUGUCCCAGACUCCGGUCCACAGGGAGAUGCUGCAGCUCGUCGGCUCAACCACCAUGCUCAUCGCCUCCAAGUUUGAGGAGCGCAGUCCUCCGUGCGUCGACGACUUUCUUUAUAUCUGUGAUGACGCGUACAAGAGGGAGGAGCUUAUCUCCACCGAGGCCAACAUCCUGCAGGCUCUCCGCUUCGACAUCAACAUCCCCAUCCCAUACCGCUUCCUCAGACGCUAUGCCAAGUGUGUGAGCGCGGGCAUGGACACGCUGACUCUGGCGCGGUACUUCUGUGAGAUGAGUCUGAUGGAGAUGGAGAUGGUGGCGGUGAGGGGGUCGCUGCUCGCCUCUGCCUGCCUGCUGAUGGCGCUGGUUACCAAAGACCUGGGAGGAUGGAGUCCCAUCCUGCAGUUCCACUCUGGGUAUCAGACGUCAGAUUUGGCGCCUGUCGUCAGAAAACUCCACGUGAUGCUUUCAGCGCCUCCUGAUGACAAACUCAGAGCCAUCAGGAACAAAUACUCCCACAAGGUGUUUUUUGAAGUUGCAACCCUUCCGUUGGUCAGCAUGGACUCUUUGGAGAAAGCGUUACACCAGUGAGAUCCAAAAAAUAUCAACUCUUACCAAGCUAGAGUGAAAAUCUAUAAAAUAUUUCCUUAAACCUUGUAAAUAAUUUGUUAAUAUGUUUUAAUAUUUAUGAACAUAUUCUUGUCUUUUAUAUAUUUGAAAUAAAUGUUUGACUCCAGUUUGAGUUGGAAAAAAGUUCAAACGUAGGCAUUUGUGAUUAAAAAGUUUGUGUAUUGUUUUACAGUUAUAGCUUAUUUUAGUUACAUUUCAUUUUUAUGAGAAGAUAAAGUCUUGCUUUAUUAGACGCCUUUGUAGCUGGGAGGUUAGUAAACUCUUCCUUUACUCAUGAAUCAUUGGUACAAGCCCACCAGUUUUUAUAAGGUUCAUAUUGUUGAGUUUAGAGGAAGUGUAUUUUUACAUGUUGUACAGUGUUUAUCAUGUUAAUAUCCCUAUGCUAAUCUGUAUAAAAGACGACCAGAUGAUGCUGUGCUAUUUUUUAAUGGCUGUCAAGCAUUCUCUUAAAAUAAAGAUGUGUUUUUAUGUGUUCGA